AUGCUAUGAAUUAUACACUCCCACAUGCACAUAUGCAGGCAAGAUUGUGAGAUUGGGCAGCACUGACAGAGCAAGGAGACUGGCCAAGGUGUGCAGUCCACUCAUUGGCAGGUCAUUCGGGAGGUGUCACUCCACCAACAACUGACCCACGUGAACAUUGUCCAAUUCCACAGUUCAUUUGAAUUGGAUAGCCAUGUGUUUAUAAUUCUGGAAUUGUGUAACAAGAAGGUGUGAUGUGUGGUGAGUGGGUAGACUGGCGCGGAUAUGGUGGGGGAGAGGAUGAAAAAGGGGGAGGUGAAGGAGAUAAUGCGACAGUUGUGUGCUGGAGUGGAGUACAUUCACUCUCGGAGUGUCAUCCACCGAGACAUCAAACCAAGCAAUAUUCUCUUCUCUGCAAACACAGUUAAACUGGCUGACUUUGGACUGGCCACUCAAUGUAAGAAGGUGUGUGGCACUCCCAAUUAUAUUGCCCCCGAAAUACUCCACCAGUCCGGCUACUCAUUCCCCGUGGACAUUUGGUCCCUCGGGUGUGUCCUCUAUGCCUUCCUCCUCGGCCGACCCCCAUUCCACGCACACACCGUCCAGGAGACAUACGCCCGUGUCCGCUCUGGCCACUUCUCCAUGCCCAACACACUCUCCCCCGACUGGAGGACACUCUUGGCCAACAUGUUGAGCAGGGAUGCCACCAGACGACCACUCAUUGGCUCCAUCCACUUUUCUAAAUUGUCCUCCAAGGAGGUGCCAGUCAAAGAGGUGUGCUGUCUUGUGGACUGUUCUAGAAGGUCAACUCGGGGUCAAGUCUUUCAGACAGACAAAUCAGUUCAUCGCAGGUCAUCACACAACUUGUGAGGGCACUGAAGGAGAGGAGGACUCGGCCGAACAUUCUCCCACUCAAGCACAGUCCAAAGUGGAUAAAGAGGUGGAAUGCCCACCCAGGGGGAUUAGUCUAUAAACUGUCGGAGGGGACAGUGGGAAUGCUCAUGAGGAGUGACGUGAUGGUCUGCAGGGCUGGGUUGGGUUGGCUAAUGUGACACAGAAUGGUCUGGUGGUGUUCGCCCAGUGGACAGUCCAAGAUUAUGCACGUGUCGAACAGUGAGGACCAGUUGACCAAGGAGAGUGGGGACUUUCGAUUGAUGUUUGCUUUGGUGACGUCCAAGACUGUACUACUACUCAUGUCACUGCAGAACAAAGUGAGGAGUGAGGACUGUCCUCAACACAUGCCCACUCACCUCGUCUUCUAUAGGAGACUCCAGGAUGUCCUCAUCAUGGCACUCAGUGACGGGUCU